UCUUUCCCACUCCCCCCCCCCCGCCCCCCAGCGCAGUAAUGGCUCUGCUUCUGGACCACCAGUUCAAGCAGCUCCCGGCCGACAGGCAGGUGGAAACGCGCUCGUUCCUGGAAGCCGUGUCGCACCUUCCGCCUUUCUUCGACUGCCUUGGUUCCACGGUUUUCGCACCUAUUAGAUCGGACGUCGCUGGCAACAUAACGAAAAUCAAGGCAGUGUACGACAGCAACCCGGGACGCUACAGGACCCUGCAGCAGCUGCUGGAGGCGGAGAAGGAGCAGCACAGUGCCGAGUGGCCACGCGUGGGAGCCACGCUUGCCCUCAUGUGGCUCAAGAGGGGUCUGCGCUUCAUCCAGGUCCUCCUGCAGAGCUUAGUCGAUGGGGAGAGGGAUGAGAGUCACCCCAACCUCAUCAGGGUCAACGUCACCAAGGCCUACGAGAUCGCCCUCAGGAAAUACCAUGGCUGGCUGGUGCAGAACCUUUUCAAAGCAGCGCUGUACGCGGCUCCCUACAAGACGGACUUCCUCAAAGCUCUCUCCAAAGGGCGGGAAGUCAAAGAGGAGGAGUGCCUCGAGAAAGUGCGGCAGUUCCUGGUCAACUUCACGGCCACCAUAGAUGCCAUCUACGAGAUGUACACCAAGAUGAAUGCAGAGCUGGAAUACAAAGCCUAAUCCCGCUCCCUUGCCCGCUCGCCGACUCACCGACCCCCUCUCACCAGACAAGAAUGCGCCCUUACCGGACAAUUCUGGCCUUCUAUUGGGCCGAACUGUCUUUCCCACUGGACCAAUUGGCGCCCGGGGUUUUUUUUUUUUGCCCUGCUCUCCUGUCGUGGUUGAUGUGGAGAUGACAGACGACAGAGGGAGGACUCUGAGCUGAACCUGGGUUAGCAAUAGGUGUAGGGUUGGGAGUGUUUGGAGCAGUAACCCCUGGAGUGUGUGAGAAGGUAUGCUCAUACUUUCCUUGAACAAACAGCAAUAAAUAGAAAUCCAGUGGCAACACACUAUACCAGUAUGUGUCACCAAACUGCCCCUGACCAGAUUUAUGCAGUACAUUGUAAAAAAUAAAUGUAAUUUGUCUAGACCCACAAGAAAACUGAAUAAACAGGAAUUAAUUGCUUCAUAUUUAUCAGUUUGACAUUUUAUGUUCAUAUGUGAAAUUAUAGCUUGUUUAAACUGUACUCAUGAAAACACUGGGAUUUGUAAAAUUCUUCCAAUAGAUCUUAGCACAUACUAUGAUCCCAGCAUCACCUCAGCGGUCCCGUUUCAUUUAAAUGGUUUUUUUGGGGGGGGGUUUAAAUUCAGCAACAAAGGAAGCUCUGGUAAGGUCAAUCUCAGUGGCAGCGUUGGAGUGAGUUGCAAGUCCAAGUAAUUUAUUCCAUGCUAGUGUUUUUAAUACCCUUCCCCGACACACACACCCACACACCGCUUUUCUUAAUUUGCUUACACUAGCUCUUGGCCAUAUAUCUCUGUACUAGACAACUGUGUAGGAUUUAAAGUUUGUGGUGUCAAGUGAACCAAAGCAUAAAUUCACUAACUGUUAUUAUUUAAUUGAUUUGAUGUUAUUGAUCAGGUACCCUGGUAUCUUUCUUGUUGUUUAUGUGUCUUCUAAUAAGUUUGGGUGUGUCUAAUUUCCUCUCUGUCACUGAAAUGAAAACAUUAGGAGAGUAAAGGGUUUGUUUUGUUAAUUGCACUAGUGCUAUUAUAUUUAAAUUUAGUUUGUGUGUAAUGUAGUGUGUGUAAUGACAACGAACAUCAAAAGAUCUAGAUUUUCCCUUUUAAAAUUAUUCAUAAAUGUUUUGACAAUAAAGCUACACUUGUGUUUUUGCAUGCUUCCUCGUGCAUGCCAAAAUU